GAGGACGUCGUAAGGGAAACAAACGGCACCGCGCCUGUGCAUAAAGGGUAUGCGAGGCGACGGAAACGGCGCCAAGUAAGAGAGUGGGCCUGAGGUGCUGAUCGCCUUCAUUCCUUCGUUGUCCGUAGAUUGUGCUCAACUCUAUUGUAAAUUCUCGUGGAUUUAAUAUUGGAAUGAUGACACAUGCAACCCUCCAGUGGCAGAAUGGAAAAUUCCUAUAAAGCAACAAUAUCAAAUUUAUUGCUACCUUCUCAUCAACCUGGUCAGAGAUGUUAUUCCACACAUUGAACCUAGGCCCACAUGUUGACUUAAAGAAUGCCAGCCCUUAGUUGUCGGUUUUACCAACACAAAUUUCCAGAGGUGGAAGAUGUGGUGAUGGUAAAUGUCCGCUCCAUUGCGGAGAUGGGUGCCUAUGUCAGUCUUCUCGAAUAUAACAACAUUGAAGGCAUGAUUCUUCUCAGUGAACUUUCAAGAAGGCGUAUCCGAUCUAUCAACAAACUGAUUCGAAUUGGUAGAAAUGAAUGUGUUGUUGUAAUCCGAGUCGACAAAGAGAAAGGUUACAUUGAUUUGUCAAAGCGCAGAGUUUCACAAGAAGAAACUAUAAAAUGUGAAGACAAAUUUACUAAGAGCAAGACUGUAUAUAGCAUUUUGCGACAUGUGGCAGAGGUGCUCGAAUAUACUAAAGAUGAACAACUGGACAGUCUGUUUCAGAGAACUGCUUGGGUCUUUGAUGAGAAGUACAAGAGGCCUGGAUAUGGAGCUUAUGAUGCAUUUAAACAUGCAGUUUCAGACCCUACAAUUCUUGACAGUCUCGACUUGACAGAAGAAGAGCGGGGAGUAUUACUGGAAAAUAUCAGACGACGUCUCACUCCACAGGCUGUUAAAAUUAGAGCAGAUAUUGAAGUUGCAUGUUAUGGAUACGAAGGUAUUGAUGCUGUCAAAGAGUCACUUAGAGCUGGUCUAGACUGUUCUACUGAACUGAUGCCCAUUAAGAUAAAUCUGAUAGCUCCUCCAAGGUAUGUUAUGACCACCACAACACUUGAGCGUACAGAAGGCCUUUCCAUUUUAAACCAAGCCAUGUCUGCAAUUAAAGAACGGAUUGAGGAGAAAAGGGGCGUGUUCAACAUCCAGAUGGAGCCCAAGGUGGUUACAGAUACUGAUGAGACUGAAUUGGCGAGACAACUUGAGCGACUGGAGCGGGAAAAUGCCGAGGUUGAUGGAGAUGAUGAUGCCGAUGAAAUGGAAGCAAAAACUGAGGAGUAAUUAACUGCUAGCCACUAGGCGUUGAUGAGGGAAAAACAAAACUCCAUUCAUAACACCAGACUCCAAAGUUAUCAGUAUUGGACGUAUCCAAAAGACUUCAUGCAAAAGUAUUUGAUUUUUUUCAUUUACAUAGCUUGUAAUUGGUAAUUGUUCUGAUACUUUUAUUUUUCUUCGGUUUCAAAUAGAAAAUAUUUCACGCAGUUUCCAUAGUUUGUGAUUGGAAAUUUUCCUGGUAUCUUUAUUUCACAACUGGAUCAGAGAGUGUCACAAACGUAGUCAACAUUUUUGUACUAUAAGCUAUAACAACCACUAACACCACCAACAUCAUCCCCACCCCUCCUCCACACCCAGAAAAACACUUGGAAAUUGCUAAAUAAUCAUCCUGGAGUUAUGCAAGAAUUGGUUCUGUAGGAAUGAGAAAAAAGCUUUUUGAGCAAGAUUGUAUUCAAAACAUUUAACAAAAAAAAAAAUAAACAUUGGUAAAAUGAA